AUGGAUCCUACUUCACCGACGGAUUCCCUCUCCCCUUCGCCACAAACGCCCCGCAAACUCCCAGAUGACCUUCCAACCUCCCUGGAUGACCGUCGAGCCUUCCCGAGCUAUGGCGAGGAAACAGAAAUGUACGAUGGGUGGCAAGGCAAGCAAUCACUCCAGCUGAAUUGGUCUCGUGCAUCGUCGAGCAAAUGCUUAUAUGAAUUGAUCACUGUAGGUUCAUCUCAGUAUAUCACGGCGCCGACUCCGGCACGACCGCUGGCUUUCGACCUUCACUUGGACACACCGACGUACGACGACGACGAGACCUUCGCCAGGAUCCAAGACAGCGAUUCACGAUUGAUGGAAAUGGUGGCCGCCCAGGCUCAUCACAGGGAGGAUGGAAGCCCAGGACAAGACGAGGAUGCCAUUGCCACAGAUGACACCCUCUCUGCUAGCCAGAAGAAAGAAAUACUACAGAAAAGCCUUAACAUGGCCGCCAGCAAUGGAGAUGUUGCCCGAAUACAGAAAUUGGUGGGGGGCACGGCCAAGGAGUUUGUGGACGUCAACCAGCCGGACGAGGAGGGCACUGUUCCUUUGAUAUACGCGAGCUGUUUUGGCCAUCAUGAAGUUGUCGCAGCUCUCUUGGAUGCGGGGGCUGUGGUGGACAAGCAGGACCGUAAUCAAUGGAGCGCCUUGAUGUGGGCCAUGACGAAUCGUCACAAACAGAUUGCCAAACUUCUUCUCGACCACGGAGCCAAUCCGGACAUCAGGUCAUCUUCAGGAGGAACGGCACUGGAUUUCGUGCAACCCGGAUCCGACUUCUCCCACUAUCUCCAGGAGAAUGGCUAUCACUUUGGCAUGUCGGGCCUGGGAGAUGACUUCUACAACUCCGGCUUUUCUCAAGAUCGCUUUGAAGAAGAAAUGGCUGAGAACGAAAUGAAGAGGCGAAUGCUUAUGCAAGAGAGCGCCACAAAUUUGGAGGUGGAUCUGUCAACCUUGGGAUUUGAUGAGCAGCUCGAGUCGCCGACGGAUUUCGAAAACGACGAGGAAGAGUUCAUUUGGGAUCGUUGUGUCGGCGACCAGAUGUUUGUCUUUCAGACGGACAAACUCGAGGCAAUCUUUGAACUUAUCAUCACCAAUAUGACCCCACAACGCUCCCCGUCUCAAAAGCCCGUGCCGGCAAAUCUCGUCUUCCUCAUGGCCCGCUAUGCCCACUAUCACAUGACGGCGUCUCUUUUGGACGAUGUAUUGACGAGAGCAAUGGACCUCAUUAAUGACGUUAUUGAGCGCUAUCAGUGGGACAUGACCAUGCUAGCUUUCUGGAUCUCCAAUGCCACUCUCCUCCUGCAUUAUCUCAAAAAAGAUGCUGGUCUCGUCCAAGCGACUUCCAAAUACCAGCUAGAACUCGCCGAGCUCAUCAACGAGAUAUUUAUUCUCAUCAUUCGGGAUGCUGAAAGAAGAAUGAACAAGGUCUUGGACGUGGCAAUGUUGGAUCAUGAAACCAUCCCCGGGCUGAACGACAUUGCAUUUCAAGGAGAAUGGAAAGUUUUCAAGUCCAAACCGAAAACGAAAGAUGAGCCACCAGAGAAGCGGUUUCGGCCACCGUCACCCAAACGGCGGGCUCAGACGUCUCCGCGAAACAUCACCUCUCUCCUUUCGUCGACCUUGUUUGUGCUGGAUCUCUAUGACGUUCACUCUGUUAUUACCGCACAAAUUUUAGCUCAGCUGUUGUAUUGGAUUGGAGCCGAACUGUUCAACCGUGUUAUGACCACGAGAAAAUACCUCUCGAGAACGAAGGCGAUGCAAAUUCGCAUGAAUGUGUCGGCCAUUGAAGACUGGGCGCGAACCAAUAACCGACAGCCAGAGCAUUAUGAAAACGGCUCGACGGUAUCGACGGGGGAGAACACGGUCGAUGCUGCCAGACGACAUCUGGCCCCGAUCAUUCAGCUGCUUCAGUGGCUGCAGUGUUUCAGUUCUCUCGGAGAAGACCAUGAAUCUCUGACUGGCACCCUGGUUCAAUUGCAACGUCUCACCCCCACGCAGUUGAUCCAUGCGGUCAAGAACUACCGAGCAGAAGUCGGCGAAAAGAGCCUCCCGAAGGCUCAUGUGAAGUUUCUGGUGCAAUUGCAGAAUGGCGAGCAAUCAUUGAUCAAAAGACCCUUGACACCGGUUGCGGAUGCUCUCGAAUCGGGAAUGUCCACACCAGCCAGACAGAAUGGGACGCCGGCACCAGCAGACGAGGGUCCCUCGACGCCUCAAGGGACUUCUGGGCCAACAAUAUCAACCCCAAUUGAGCAAGACACGGAUCCGCCCUUGAAUCGAAAUGCAUUGAACUUGGACCAGACUCUGAUGCUUCCAUUCUCGCUUCCCACCUCAACAGACAUGCUGAUCACCUAUGGGGCUGGAAUCGGCGGAGUGAACAGAGAACGAGCGAGGAAAUAUAUACCCACCGUACCAACAGAGGUAUUGGGUAAGCUGAAUCUCGAUGGGGAAGGACUCCGACGGGAAGGGAGCAUUGGAACUAUGGGCACGACAGGACAAGGUUGGCGAGGCAGCGGAUUUUGA